AUGGCGCUACAAGGACUUGAAUAUAAAACACAAAUUCUGACAGCAUCAGUUUUCUGGUACUUUACAUGGAAAGAUGAAAUAUUCAGAUGGGAUCAUAAAUUGGAAUAUAAGAACAUAUCAAGGCUGACAGUAAAAGCCAGUGAUGUAUGGGUUCCCGAAGUAUAUAUUGUAAAUGAUAUUAGUAAGAUGCCAAUUGGAAGUACUGGAUAUAAUAAAGAGUAUGUGGUUGUCAAAUCAAACGGUUACAUGACAUGGUUUCCAGCAAAAGAAUUGCAGACGUCAUGUGCAGUGGAUGUUUCAAAAUAUCCGUUCGAUACACAGGCAUGCACAAUCAGAAUGGAGGCCUGGUAUCAUGACAACAAAAGCUUUGUUCUGAACACAAUUGGAUCUGGUAUAGAAACAUCGGACGCCCAUUUUGUUAAAAAUGGAGAAUGGGAAAUUCUCAAUUUAUCAGCCAAUCCCUUCCAGUACCAGGAUUAUGUAGACAAUUCGUCCGCUUAUUCAACUAUCCAUUAUACACUUAUUUUAAAAAGACGAUCUUCUUACCAUUUAAUUACAACAGCAUUUCCAUUUGUGAUUUUAAUGACGCUAAAUUUACUGGUCAGCGUUAUUCCAACAGAAUGUGGCGAAAAGCUUGGAUUCUGUAUGGCACAGUUUUUGACAAUGAUUGUGUUUUUUACCUUGAUAGCAGAAAACAUGCCUUCGUCGUCAUUAACGAUAUCGUACUACACUUUUAUUGUCAGUUUACAGAUUUUGGUUAGUGGAAUCACAAUUUUGAUAGUUGCUAUUAGUAUCUAUUUACAAACCCGAAGUUUAGAAGACCGACCAUCAUGUUUAGUUAGAAUGAUGUUUAGUCCGAUUGGAUAUUUUCAAGAUAGCGAUCGUAAGAAGCGAUGCACUCGAGUUAGGGAUUCUAGACAAGAAGGCUUUAUAACAUGGCUGGACAUUGAUAGAAGACUGAACUGUGGUCUGAAUAUUUUACUUUUACUAAAUGUGAUCGUUACUGUUUCCAUAUUUGUAUUUGUGAUUAUUUAA